AUGGGUAUCCUAACUCUUGCUGAGGACAGGCCUACGCCGCCUUCGGUGUACAACUGGAGGGUGUAUGUCUUAGCUAUCGUGGCCUCCUGUGGAUCCAAUAUGAUUGGAUACACCAGCGCUUUCAUCGGAACGACCAUCACCCUCGACUCAUUUAAGAAAGAAUUCGGCAUCGAUCAAAAGAGUGCCGAGGAGCGAAACUUGAUCAGUGAGAAUAUUGUAUCGCUAUUCAUCGCUGGCGCCUUUUUCGGUGCGCUUCUUACCUAUCUUCUCAGCCAUUGGGUCGGCCGCAAGUGGUGUCUUGCCAUCGCAUCUGCUACUUUCACGCUUGGGGCUGGUCUUCAGUGUGGAGCCGACUCGGGCACUGGGUUAGGUAUUCUUUACGCUGGUCGUGUUCUCUCGGGAUUAGGAACAGGUGUCGCAUCCAAUAUCAUUCCCAUCUACCUUUCAGAACUUGCGCCACCCGCUAUCCGUGGACGGCUCGUUGGUCUGUAUGAGCUUGGUUGGCAAAUUGGUGGUUUGGUCGGGUUUUGGAUCAACUAUGGUGUUGAGAAGCACAUGCCCGAAAGCCACCAACAAUGGAUCGUCCCCUUCGCCGUUCAGAUCAUCCCAUCCGGCCUCCUCUUCCUCGGCACCUUGUGGCUUCGUGAGUCACCGCGAUGGCUGUUCCUGAAGGACCGCAGAACACAAGCCAUGAAGAAUCUUUGCUGGAUUCGACAGUUAACUCCAACCGAUAUAUACAUUACAGAAGAAGUUGCAGCUAUUGACCAUGCUCACGAGAUUCAAAAGCAUACUGUCGGUCUCGGCUUGUUCAAGCCUUUCCAAGCUCUCGCUCAACGACCAAACAUGAUGUACCGACUUUUCCUGGGAUGCAUGCUGUUCUUCUGGCAGAAUGGAUCGGGAAUCAAUGCUAUCAACUACUACUCCCCAACUGUGUUCUCGAGCAUUGGUGUUCAGCGCGAUACAGUCAACGUCAUGACCGGAAUCUUUGGCAUCGUCAAGGCUGUCAUGACCUUCGUGUGGCUUCUGUUCCUGGUUGAUCAGCUUGGUCGACGCAAGCUGCUGCUCAUCGGUGGUAUCACUGGCUCGAUCUGUAUGUGGGUAUUGGGCGCAUACAUCUACGUUGUCGACCCUACCAAGAACCCGCAGGAUCAUCUCACUGGUAGCGGAAUUGCCGCUAUCGUAUUCUUCUACCUAUGGACGGCCGUCUAUACACCCACAUGGAACGGUACACCAUGGGUCAUCAACUCUGAAUUCUUCGACCCAAGUUUCCGUUCUCUUGCCCAAGCCUGCACGACCGCUAGUAAUUGGCUCUUCAACUUCCUCGUGUCGCGGUUCACUGAGCAAAUGUUUGCGACAAUGGGUUACGGUGUAUACAUGUUCUUCGCUACGCUAUCAUUCUUCGCGUUCAUCUUUGCCUUCUUCUUGAUCCCUGAAACGAGUGGUAUUCCUCUGGAGCAGGUUCACCGCUUAUUCAAGAUCAAGCCAAUUUGGAAGGCCGAAAAGAUUCUCAAGGAGGAGCUGAAACAGGAGGAGCAGCAGUUCCGUCACGACGUUAAGGGAGAUGUCAGUCAGUCUGAGAAUCUGGAGGAUGUAGAAAGGGUUUGA